UAACUCUACGCGGAUCAUUUAACAGUUUUGCUCUAGUGUUAAAAACUAGUUACAUUAUCCUUUUACUUGGAAGAAUCAAAGAUUUUGUUAAAGCUUAUGAGCAAGCUUCAAUACUCUUGUUUUAUACUGAUGUGUAAAUCAACCAAACUGAUCCUCUAAAACUACUUAUUUGGUUUAAACCUACAACAAAAAUGUUGUACUUUGAGGAUUUCAUGGAAGCAAUUGAAAUAUGCCAUCUGAGCUAAAUGAAAGCCUUACAAAUGUUCGACAGCUAGACCUACAAGCUCAAAAUAUUUUAGAUUCGCUAUCAGAAACCAUACAGACGUUUUUCGAAAACUGCAGGUUUGGUAGACUCUUAGAAUAUGAGAAAAGUACUCAGAUUCUUAAUAUUACUCGGGAAUAUGAGCGAGCACUUGUUCAUUGCAAGGACAAACGAGAAAUAGUGGAAAAUAUAUAUAGCACAUACCGUAAAUUAGUGAGAAAAUUGGAUAUUGAGUUGGAAAAGUUCCGAAUUGAAUUAGAGGCUGAUAAUUCAGGAAUAACAGAACAAAUAGAAAAAAGAGUUCAGAAUGCACUGGGCAAAGCAAUAACAACAAAUUCGAAGGCAGAACGUAGAAGACAAAGACUGCGAUUUCAGCAAUCUAGUCAUUGCAAAAAUAACUUCUCAGUGAGAAGACGAUUGGUUGGGCCGGCUUUCAGAGCAGCACUUAAAUCUGCUUGCAUGAGACCCAUGCAAUCGGGGGGAGUGCCGUCUCUGGAAAAUACUAAGUUCUCACUAAAUGGUGACCAAACGUCUUUUAAUAACUCUAGUUUAAUCUCAACUUCUGGAUGUCAUGUUCAAGACACAGGAUCCUACAGAAAGAACUCUGUUCAUGCGGAUGGCCUAAGUCCUCUUAGAUCAAUUGACGAAACAAUAAAACAAGUUGAUGUUGUGUCGUAUAAAGCAGCGUUCAGCGUCUUUUCUUGUGCGCAUUUAUUUGAAUUAUAUACUCACUGUUACUUUAGAUAGAAUGGAUAUCCAGCAUUAUGAAAACUCAAUAUUUACUGGCCACGUAUGUUUGUGAGGUUUAUGCGUAUAUUUAUCGCUUUUCAUCAAAGUUCUCAUCCGUCAAAUAAUACCACAGAGCACCGGGUUAUAUUUAUACUGUUGCCUGUGUUCGCAGCUGAAAUAAUUCAACUAAGCUGUACGUGGUAUUAUUAGUUGUAUAAAACGUAGUAUAUAAUGAAUGUAUGUUAGCCUCAUGAUGACACCAUCUAGAAACUUGUUUAAGGACGUGUUUUCGGAGAGUCAGUAAAUCAUCAUUUCACCAGUCUUUGAUGUUCUUUGUGCCGUGUGAAUCCAAGUGGUUCCCGUCUCAAAGUCUAAGCAGUAGAAUUCCACCCGUUCCUGGUUGUCAGGUAAGAGCAGUAAAAUUGUAAAUCCAACAGAGUCGAUGAAUACAUAAGAGCGAUGUUACGUCAGACCUCUGAAGUUAAUCCAUCUGCUCUUCCUCGUUUCAGAUUACUUUAGCUUUUUGAAAUUCGAUCAAUGUCGAGUAGGGGGCCUGUCUCAAUGUUUAUUCAGGCUGUUUGGAAAUGGUGGUAGCUGAAGGCAAGCUAAACUGCUCCUUGAAGUGUUCUGCCCAUCGUUCCAAACGUUUAGACUGGGAGCAGAUAAGAGUGCCAUAUUUUUCUGAGAUUGUUUCACAACUGAAUUCAGAAUUCCAGUUUCUUUUAUUAAUCUGAAAAGCUGUCUUCUGUUAUAGUCACGGUUUUUCCCAUCUGUUUUGCUUUCGUUGCCCAUCACUGCACACGAUCGUUCCUUAGACUUUUGGCUAGCCUACAUCUGAUUUGUUUUCGCUCGUCAUCUUGUUCGGAGCAUGAUGGGAUAAGUUUACGAUAGUCUAUCAGUGCAAAAGAUGUGGCAACCCUUUAAUAUAAAUCACUAAUAGAUAUGGCCACUGUUCCCACUACUGUUCGUAUAUCUUUCCAAGGAACAUCUGGGUCAGCCUCGUUUUCGAAUAUGGCCUUAGUGUGACUUCAGUUGUUCCUGGAAUUUGUCUUGGCUUUAUUAUCGCCGAGUCCAACUUUAAUGGGUCUUCUUGAUAUGGUUUUUUUGUUUCCAGUGAGGCACAAGCAAAUGCGUACUCGUACUAAAGCAUGGUCGGAGUCAAAACAUUUACUCCAGAACGAUCGGCAGUCUUCUAUCGAGCCUCUCCAAUGACGAAUAAUGGUCCAAUUGGGUCCAUCUGUAGUUUGAUGCAGACGGUCUCCGUGUUAGACGAUAUCUUUCUUUGUGCUUAAAAUUAGUGCUUGUUAAAAGUAAACGAUUGCCUGAGCACAGUUGCAGCAGUCGGUCACCAUUACCAGUUCGUUGAGUCGAAAUACCAAGGGACAACUACGUGAGGCCGGUCACACACGGCUUUUUUCUGGGUAAUUUUUGUGUUAGCUCCGUAUUUGUUGAGACCUUACCACCGGGGACAGAAACCCGUGGGAUAAAGAGAGGUGUGCGUUUUCAGUGUCGACCUUUUCAACCCCACCCUUCAUGUGUAGGAAGGCAGCAUCGCUGUUAUGCUGGUUUUAUGAAACAUUUUACCGCCGUCACACCUCUGUACAGUCAACAGUAUGACUUCGCCCUCGGACCUUGGGUUUGUUGCUUUUAGUCUUACCGUUUUUCAACCAACCUAUCUGGCAUCCUGAGGAACAACUGUUCCGGUCAGUAUAGCCCGAUUGAUUUAUCACAAUAGGCUAGCUCGACCACCACGUCAAGGUAGCUACACUCAUUGGUGUGCAGUAUACUUUUACUUUAGCUUCUAGACAGAUAUCUCUCUUGUGCAGCAAGUGACGCGUGUGUGGAAAAUCUAACUAGGGUUGCAGCAACGGUCGAGCAACAAAGGUUACUUUGUAGUGAAUAAACUUAUCGGUAUUAGACCAUUGAAAAUCUAAAAGCACUGAACGGCGGUCCCGUUCUAGUAUAGGUUCAAGCUUCACGCAUCCACGACUCCGUACUUUGACUCAAACUCAGGACUUUGGUCUCGCGCGCAAGCACAUGAUGGUUGUCAGUGUAUGGGUUCUAGGUAGUUUAAGAUUGAUCAGUUCAUAAUAUGAAUGAAACUCAAUCUCCAUAAGCCUAUGCUGACUGGCUAUAAAGCGGAUAUUUAUGAAAUUAUGUUUUUAGGGACUCAUUUUACAAAUAUCUUCACAAAAGAGAACAAAUAUUUGUUAAUAACCAUGAAUCAAACACGAGUCCUAAAAUGCUAAAAGUACAUAUAUUUUUCAAAGUUUUCUGUCAUAUGUUGAUAUAUCGAAAACCAAUAUUUAAGUGGAAAAUCCUUGUCACAUCCCACUUCACUUUCUUGAAAUAUUUUUGUUUGUAGACUCAAUAUGUUUGGACCAUCAGU